AGCUUAUUUGUUAAUGUUACCACGUACAUGUGCCGGUUUAUCUCCAUUAGCUGAACAUAUCGCCGUCAGUACAACACAGAGAUGUUGUUUUCAAUGGAAACUAGUUUAAAUUACCCAAAUCACUGUGGCGUCAAACCGCCGGUGUUAUAUUUUGGUAGGACGCGUUGCGGAAGUGACGCUGUAUUUAUAAACGUUAUGUGACGUUGCCGCUGGUCGCAUGGCUUCACUUUCUCACAAAGUUUUCUGCCACAACGGAUGAAAAUGAGCAGUGGCAGCAACCAGAGGACGCUGUUCCAGACCUGGGGGGGCCCCCCCCCGCAGAACAAAACGCUGUCACCGAAGAAGGAGAGCAAGAAAGCCGCUGGACGGCGCAGAACGACCCCAAACACCUCCUCACAGGUAAAAACUCCUCAUAGCCUCCUAUGGACUCAGGCCGGUCAGAGACAGGAGGAGCCCUCAGCUGUCUGUGAGGAGGAAGAGGAGGAUGAUGAUGAUCUGAUGGUGGUGGCUGUGUAUGAAGCUGAGAAGAGCCUCCAACAGCAGCUCCAACAUGAAACCAACCCUGGAGGACCAGAGAGCUCUGGACCCUCUACCACCACCUGCUCAGAGCUGCCUGGCUUCGACAGCUCCUCCGCCAGCGUCUGGAUCUACCCCACCAACUUCCCCGUCAGAGAGUACCAGCUGAAGAUGUCGGAGGCGGCUCUGUUCCAGAACACGCUGGUGGUGCUGCCCACCGGGCUGGGCAAGACCUUCAUCGCCUCCGUGGUCAUGUACAACUUCUACCGCUGGUACCCGUCCGGGAAGAUCGUCUUCAUGGCGCCCACCAAGCCGCUGGUGGCCCAGCAGAUGGAGGCCUGCUACAACGUGAUGGGGAUCCCACAGGAACACAUGGCUGAGCUGACUGGAACGACAGCAGCGAGGCUCCGUGAGGACGUCUGGAGGACGAAGCGUGUGUUCUUCCUCACCCCUCAGGUGAUGGUCAACGACCUGUCCAGAGACACCUGUCCUGCCCAGCAGGUCAGGUGUGUGGUGAUCGAUGAAGCCCACAAGGCUCUGGGGAACCACGCCUACAGCCAGGUGAUCCGACAGCUCAGCAGCCAGACGCUUCAGUUUAGAGUUCUGGCGCUCAGCGCUACUCCAGGAGGAGACACCAAGGCGGUGCAGGCGGUGAUCUCUAACCUCCUGAUCUCCCACAUGGAGCUCCGUGGUGAGGAGAGUCCAGACGUCCAGGCCCACUGCCACCAGCGCCUCCUGGACAAACUGGUGGUUCCUCCUGGGGAGACGCUGUCCAGGUACCAGGCCCGCUACCUGCAGGUUCUGGAGAAGUUCAUGUCCCGUCUGGUCCAGAACCGUGUGAUGGGUCAUAAAGACCUGAAGACCCUCAGCAAGUACCAGAUGAUCCUGGCCAGGGACCAGUUCCGCAAGAACCCCCCGCCCUGCAUCAAGGCGGGCCAGCAGGGCAUGCUGGAGGGAGACUUUGCUCUGUGCAUCAGUCUGUACCACGGCUACGAGCUGCUGAUGCAGGUGGGACUCCGCUCGCUCUUCUUCUUCAUCCAGAGCAUCAUGGACGGAUCCAGAGAGAUGUCCAGGGCCAGGAACGAGCUGCAGAGGACUCCCUCCUUCAUGGAGCUCUACCAGGAGAUGGAGCAGAUGUUUGUGAAGCCGUCUGCAGGUCCAGAGGAGCCGUUCAUCUACAGUCACCCCAAACUGGAGAAACUGGAGCAGGUGGUGGUGCAGCACUUCAGACGCUGGGCGGAGGACUCCUCCAUCAAUAACGCUCCUCAGGAGGUCAACACGCGUGUCAUGAUCUUCUCCUCGUUCAGGGAGAGCGUGCAGGAGAUCGCUGCCAUGUUGGACCGCCACGCCCCUCUGAUCCGGGUCAUGACCUUUAUGGGCCAAGCCUCCGCAGGGAAAGGAGUCAAAGGCUUCACCCAGAAGGAGCAGCUGGAGGUGGUGAGCCGGUUCCGUCAGGGCGGCUUCAACACUCUGGUGUCCACCUGUGUGGGGGAGGAGGGGCUGGACAUCGGGGAGGUGGACCUCAUCGUCUGCUUCGAUGCUCAGAAGAACCCGAUCCGCCUGGUGCAGAGGAUGGGACGAACCGGACGGAAACGCCAGGGACGCAUCGUUGUCAUCCUGGCUGAGGGCCGAGAGGAGAGGGCUUACAACCAGAGCCAGAGCAUCAAGCGUAGCAUGGAUAAGUCCAUCAUCAGCAACAAGAGCGGCUUCCACAUGUACCCCAGCAGCCCCCGCAUGCUGCCCCCGGGGGUCCAGCCCACCCUGCACAAGAUGCACAUCACCUGUGGACAGUUUGACCACCGGGACAGCAGCAGGAGGUCCAGCAGGGGGAGGAGGUCCCACUCCGAGGGACGGACCUCCCUCAUCCACCCUCACAACCUCAUCCAUCAGGGCUCUGAGACGUCUGACGGGUUCCUGAGUCGAUCUGAAUAUUCUCUCUGGUCGUCCACCAUGAAGCUGCAGGAACAUGAAGCUCAUCCAACCCUGAGAACAUCACAUUUCCUGUCCAUACCCAGUGAUCCUCCACCGCAGGAGGUCGUUUCCAGCGUCCCCCCGUCCAGAGAGCUGUCUCUGUGGGAGUGGAGGCACUGGCAGCACAAGGCGCUGCCCACCCACGCCGUGGACCACUCCCUCCGCUGCCGACACUUCAUCAGCGUCAUGGAGCUGGUGGACGCCAUGAGGGAGGAGCCUGAGGGGGAGUGUCUCUAUGAGCAGCAGCUGCUGCCUCACCUCCACUCAGAGAGAGCUGGUGGACACGUGAAGAAGAAACAGAAGAAGGAGAAGAAACAGAAGAUCUGCAGUAGAACCAGCAGAGCGUCCCUCUUCUCUCUGUCCCACGUGGACUUCAUUGAUGAUGAAGACGAGUGGGAGAAGACCAGGAGGAAGAGUCUAGUUCCAUCAUCUGAAGGGACCAAACAGAGACUUCCUGUUGACCAUUGCACUGAUGCGUCUCCUAAUGAACUCUCAGAGCAGCCGGGCCCCGAGGCCCUGCGUCCCCGUCUGUCCAACAACGACUGUCCGGAGGUGGACCUGGAUGAAGACGCUGCUGCUGUUAAUGAAUCAGAGUCUGAACGUUCUGACAGAAUCUCCCCGUUGGUUCCACAAACAGAAGAAGAAGAAGCAGAUGUGGAGCUCCAGGCCUUGUUCUUCCUCCCUCAGUGGGACUCAACACCUCCUCCGUCCUUCUCUGGUCUCCUCCAGGGACCAGAUCUCAGUCUGAAGAUCAUCCUGGACAACGUGGCCCAGCUCCUCUCCAGAUCUCCUCCUCCUCCUCCUCCUGCUGGUUUAGAGGCCGACAUGUCUGCUCCUCCGACUCCUCAGCAGCAACAACUGAAGUCUAAAGCUGACUUUUUGCAGCCGGUCUGUUUCAGCCUGGACUUGGACGAAGACGAUGAUGAUGAUGAUGAUGUGAUGAUGAAGCUGGACUCAGACGAGCCUCCAGGUGAUGAAGAUGAAGUUAAACUGUGUGGAGAUCAGGAGCAGCAGCAGAACAUCAGCAGUCCCUCCUGGGACCAGGUGUUCGGGGACGAGGAAGAUAAUCAGGAGACGAGGAGAGACGAUCAGGAAACAGAAGAUGUGAACAACCAGCUGACUGAUCAACUGGAAGCUGAGGAGGAAAUAAAGAGAGACAAUGAUGGCGUGAUGGAGGAAGAGGAGGAAGAGGAGGAGGAGAGCUGCUGGGAUGAUUUGCAGGACCUGAGACAUGCUGAUGGGAACAGUGAGUCUGGGACCAGAGCUCAGAUGGAGGACAGCAUGGAUCUGUUCGGGGACGACGAGGCGUUUCUACAGAUGACCAUCCCAGACAUCUCCACGCCCGGAGCCACGCCCACCAGGACCUCCACCAGGACCCCCACCAGGACCUCCCCCAGGACCCCCACCAGGACCCCCACCAGGACCCCCACCAGGACCUCCAGCAGGACCUCCACCAGGACCCCCACCAGGACCUCCACCAGGACCUCCAGCAGGACCUCCACCAGGACCCCCACCAGGACCUCCAGCAGUCCUGGAGACGCCACAGAGAACCCACACAGCUCCACAGAGAGGUUAAACACAGAGGAUUUAAAGAACACCACGAUGGAGACGGAGAUGGAGACAGACGGAGCAGCUCCAGCUGAUGAGUCUCCCUCCAUCAGACAGAACUCAGAGCUCCACGGCUCUCAGGACUUCUUCUCCGUCAACUUUGACCUCGCCUUUUCAGACUCUGACGAGGCAGAAGAAGACGGAGUUCCCGCUCCGUGUCCGUCCAACUCGUCUAAAAACCAGCCCGUCUCCACCUCUAAAAACCAGCCCGUCUCCACCUCGUCUAAAAACCAGCCCGUCUCCACCUCGUCCACCCCCCAGUCCGUCCUCCAGAGACAGACGAGGCCUCGGUGGUCCUCUCAGUCCAACAUGUCCAACAUGUCCACUCCACAGGUUCUGUCAGAGAACAGGAAGAGAGGAUCUUCUUCUCUCAUCCACUCGUCUUUGGUGUCUGGAGGCGGAGCUCUACCGUCUCCCAUCUCGUCUCCAGGCGUCAGGAGGACGCUGAUGUCCACCGUUGGUCCUCAUCCAUCCUCGUCUCCAGUCCUCAGCUUCAGAAGGAGAGAACCGGACCAGAACUCCCCUCCACAGACAGUGGAGUCUGACAGCGAUGAUGAUGAUGAUGAUGAAGUUGUGCUUCAUAAAAGACGACAUCAGAACAAGGUUAAACUCUUGUCAUCUCCGGAAACGGUCUACAGUGAGGUGGACUCUCCUCUGGUUGUGAAGAGGAAACGAUCAGCUGCAUUAAACACUACUGAUGAAGUGGAGCCUGAAGCUGUUUCUGAUGAUGAUUUCCAGUCUGAGUCUCUGUUGAGAGGAAGAGCAGCAGCACCACGAGUCCAACCAGACCCAGUCCAGCGCCCCGUGAGUCGGAGGAGAGGCCGCCACUUCCUGGACGAGGAGGCGCAGCUGUCUGAGGAGGAGGAGGGAGCCGACGUGUCGUCUGAUGAAGAGGAGGGAGACGAAGAGGACCACUCUCUGCACGGCUUCGUGGUCGACAACUCUCACUUCUCUCAGGGGCUGAACGACUCUGAGAUGGCUGCUGUUUACCUGAAGUCAGUGAGGAGUCCUGCUGUCCAGGGGAAGUUCAAGAUGUCCUACAGGAAACAGCACAACAUGGACAUCUUCUCUCAGGUGCCUGAGGAGGAUGAAACGUACGCUGAGGACAGCUUCGUGGUCGGCAGUGAGGAGGAGGAGGAGGAGGAGGAGGAGAGCAGCCAGCAGGAGGAUGAAGAUGUUGUACUCCUGCCUGAGGACUCGUACGUAGAGGGACGGAGGCAGUACGCCACCAGACGGAGGGUCUUCCUGCACAACGCCAGAGCUGGAUCCAGAGCAGGACCAGGAUCAGGACCAGGACCAGGAUCUAAGGCCGGGAGGAAGACGAAGCGCUCCCGUCUCAUCCGUAUCAAUGACUCCAGUGAUGAAGAGGAGGUGCAGGCAGCUGGAGGACAGGAAGCUCUCCCAGCAGCAGCAGGAGGAGGAGGAGGAGGAGGACUGGGUGCUGCUGCCCCCUUGUGGCCAAAGGAGGUACAGCCAGAGACCAGCAGGCUGCAGGAGCAGAAACCUUCCUCCUCCUCCUCCUCCUCUUCAUCCUUAGCCUCCAAGGUGUCUCUGCUGAAGAUGAGGAGGAGCUCAGUGACGGAGGAGCAGCAGAAGGAGAGGUUUCUCCAGAAGUUGGAAAAUCAGCAUUCGCUCUCUAAUGAACUUGACUUUGACGAGUCACAGUUUUCCUCCAGGAAACAACCCCAGGUUCAGCUGCUCCCUGCAGCCUCCUCCAGGGACCCCCCCGCCCCCCCCGGGCCGGUCUGCGUCCUGGUGGACAGUCGCUGUCUGAGCGGCGGUGUCGACCUGGUGACCGCCCUCCGCCGGCGCCACGGCGUCUCGGUCCAGGUCGUCUCUCUGGACGGCAGCUACGUGAUGGUCAGCAGGCGGACGGCGGUGGAGCGGCUCAGCCAGACGGACCUCGCCGCGCUCCACCACCGCAAGAAGCUGACGGAGAGAGUGACCCGCCUGCAGGGAUCGUUUGAUCGGGUCUGUCUGGUCGUGGAGAAGGAACGCACCAAGCCGGGUGAGACGUCGCGUCCCUUCCAGCGAACCCGUUACUAUGACAACACGCUGACAGCUCUGGUGCGUUGCGGCGUGCGGUUGCUGUGGAGUGACGGCGCCGAGGAGAGCGCCGCCCUGCUGGCUCACCUGGCUCACCUGGAGCAGCGUAAAGGUCAGGGCAUCGCCGCUCCGCUAGAGGUCAAAGGUCAGCACCAGCAGCAGGCCCUGCAGCUCUACCUGAGCCUCCCCUCCGUCAACUACGCCCACGCACUCAGCUUCUGCCACAACUUCAGCUCAGUCGCACAACUCAUCAACAGCUCUGUAGAAGCCAUCGAGAGAGGAGGCUGCAUGAGUCGCUCCAGAGCCGAGGAGGUCUACCGCUUCCUGCGCUACUCCUGCUCCUCCUGCUUCAUCAACACGUCAAAAAGUGGAAAAACCAGCUAGCAGCAGAGGAGAAACACUGUAGGAGAACCUCUCUGAAACCUCCUCCACUACUUUAUUCCUCUCUUCCUGCUCCUCCUGACCUCCUUUAGUUGCUCUGAAGUAUCUCAGGAUGUUGGUUCAACCUUCUUGCACAAUAACUUUGAGGUGAACUCGGUUUAUUUAACACCACGGCUUUAUUAAUGUGAGGCAUGCUCUCUGUAUUAUGCUGUAAUAUUAUUAUUUAAGUUAUCAUCAGUGUUUCCCUCAUGAUGAACAGAAUCAGAUCCUGUUCCUGUCAGACGGUGCUGAGGGAAUACUGCAAUCAUUACUCAAUAUAUGAUCACUUGAAUAACUUAUUGUUUGUCAAUAAUGGAAACAUUUGUUUACAGCGCUGCUCUAACAGAAGUAAAUAUGAUCAGAUUUCUAAAUAAACAGUGAUAUUUUCAUACAUUAGUGUCAAAGAAUGUUUUCCUCCUGAAACAUCAAAA